CUCAGCUGUUCCCAUCACGCCGCAAAAACAGGAAGAGAAAUAAUUUAAGAAUAUUUCAAUAAUAAACAUUCAUUCCGUUGACGUGAGUUUACAGCCUUCCCAUUACGGUCGAAAAGACACAUUUUCGAGUGUCUGUGCCUGAGACUGUGGCACCAUGAGGCCCCUGAAAGAUGCCCAGCUGGGAGCCUUCACUUUCUUUGCCUCAGCUCUACCACAUGAUGUCUGUGGUAGCAAUGGCCUCCCUCUCACCCCCAACUCCAUCAAAAUCCUGGGACGUUUCCAGAUCCUCAAGACCAUCACUCACCCCAGACUCUGUCAAUAUGUGGAUAUUUCCAGAGGGAAACAUGAACGGCUCACUGUUGUUGCUGAACAAUAUGCAAGCGGUUUAAGUGAUUUCAAACAAGGACAGAGACCAAGUCCAGAAAAGGUGCUGCAGAUAGCGUAUGAGGUUCUCGAAGGCCUGGAGUUCAUGAACAAUAAUGGUCUGGUGCACAGAGCCCUCAACCUGCACAACGUGUUCCUGGACUGCAAGGGGAAUGUCAAGCUGGCAAAGUUUGGCCUUUAUCACAUGACUGAUCACGGAGCAGAUGUUGAUUUUCCAAUCGGAUACCCAUCAUACCUUGCUCCAGAGGUGAUCGCCCAGGGCUGCUUCCACCCCACCGAUCCAUCACAUGAUGAAGCCCCUCUGGCCUCAGGACCCAAGAGUGAUGUCUGGUCACUUGGGGUUUUGCUCUUUGAGCUGUGUGCUGGAAGAAGACUCCUACAGAACCUUGAUAUCAGUGAGAAACUGAAAUUCAUUUUAACCUUGGGUUGUAUGGAUGACAUUGUCACAGUUCUUGCUGAAGAACAUGGUUGUUUGGACACUAUUAAGGAGAUGCCAGAGAAUGUGCUUGAACUAUUAAGGAAAUGCUUGACCUUCCUACCUUCUAACAGACUGAGCCCUGCAGACCUACUGCGAGACCCCGUGUUUAAUGGCAUUUCCUGCCUCUACACACCCUUCCAAAAGCCUGUCACCCUGUUCUCAUCUUCCCUGCGAUGUGCAAAUCUGGAGCUCCCAGAUGACAUCAGUGACCUUUGCAAAGACGACGAUGAAGAGUACUUGUCGGAGCGGGGCAUAGACGAGGUUUACCACUUGUGGUGUCUGGCUGGCGGAGACCUGGAGAAGGAGCUCACCAACAAGGAAAUCAUCCAGUCCAAACCUCCCAUCUGCACACUACCCAAUUUUGUCCUGGAGGACGGGGAGUCAUUCGGCCAAAGAAGGGAUCGAAGUUUCUUGCUCGACAACACCACGGUGACGCUGUCUCUGUGUCAGCUUAGAAAUAGACUGAAGGAUGUAGCUGGGGAAGCCUAUUACCCUCUACUGGAAGACGAACAGUCGAGCCUGCCUCAGUCCAACAGCAGCAACGAGCUGUCGGCCACCGUCACGCUGCCACUCAUCAUCCGCGAGAGAGAUACCGAGUACCAGCUCAUGCGCAUCAUCCUCUUUGACAGGCUGCUCAAGGCCUAUCCUUACAAGAGGAAUCUAGUGUGGAAAGAGGCCAGAGUGGAUAUUCCCCCUCUGGUUCGGGGGUUGGCUUGGGCUGCGCUGCUGGGCAUUGAGGGUGACAUUCAAUCUAAGUAUGAAGGCAUAGACAAGGAUACGCCCAUACCGACUGACAGACAGAUCGAGGUGGACAUCCCGCGCUGCCACCAGUACGACGAGCUGCUUUCAUCUCCUCAAGGCCACAUAAAGUUCAGGCGCGUGCUUAAAGCCUGGGUGGUCUCCCACCCAGACCUGGUCUACUGGCAGGGUUUGGAUUCACUCUGUGCUCCUUUCCUGUAUUUGAACUUCAACAAUGAAGCCUUGGCGUAUGCCUGCAUGUCUGCUUUCAUCCCCAAGUACCUCUACAACUUCUUCUUGAAGGACAACUCUCAUGUCAUCCAAGAGUACUUGACCGUCUUCUCCCAAAUGAUUGCCUUUCAUGACCCAGAGCUAAGCAACCACCUAAAUGAGAUUGGCUUCAUCCCAGAUCUGUAUGCCAUUCCCUGGUUUCUAACUAUGUUUACACAUGUUUUCCCACUGCACAAGAUCUUCCACUUAUGGGACACGCUGCUUCUGGGCAACUCCUCAUUCCCGUUCUGUAUUGGAGUCGCCAUAUUGCAGCAGCUGAGGGACCGUCUUUUGGCUAACGGUUUCAACGAAUGCAUCCUACUCUUCUCUGACCUGCCAGAAAUUGAUAUCGAACGCUGUGUGCAUGAAUCCAUCAUCCUCUUCCGCUCCACUCCAAAGAGCGCCACAUACCGGCAGCAUGCCCAGCCGCCGAAAGUCGCUGGUGACAACGGCUUUGGGAAAACGACACCAUACUUCUCGUCUGACUACCAGGACAUGGCCAAGACGGACUUGUCUCGGGAGCCCCUGGCACUGUGUGACCUGAAAGCAGAAGUGUCUCCCCGGAUCUCGGCUGAAGACCUAAUCGAUCUCGGGGAACUUUCUGGAGCUGGAGUCUCUAAAAGGAACAAAGCUGGCAAGCUCAGAAUUGUUGCUGUUGACAUUCGCAGCACAGAGGACUUCGGUAGAGGCCACGUUUCUGGCAGCAUCAACGUUCCCUUCAACGCGGCGUUCAGUCCUGAUGGGGAGCUGGUUCAGUGUCCUGCAACAGGUGCCCUGCAGAACUACAGAGGACGUGUCAUUGUGGUCAUCAGCCAUGCCAUGAAGAGCGCAACUAUGUUUGCGACACAUCUAGUCAAGGUGAAUUUCCCACGUGUUUGCAUCUUGGAUGGAGGGAUCAACAAGCUGAAGCCCACUGGACUCCUCACCGUUCCCUCCCCUCAGAUCUGACCCCAUUCCUCAGCAUUACCUUCAUAAAAGGGACUCACUUGAAGACUGUGUUUUGUGGUUUAAGCUUUUAUUAAAGUGCAGAAACAUAUUUGAAAACAAUCUUCACUCCAAUGUACUAGUUUGUCUUUUUCUUUUUUUUUUCGCUUUGAAAUGUUUUUUUUAUUUUUUUUAAUCAGAUUACUUUAUAACAGAAUGUGUAGCCAAUGAAUCAACUAAAAAGGUCAACUUGUUUCCAUGGUUGAAAAUGUUCCAUCUUUUUGACUGCCUCAUAGAUUGAACGUUUGCCAACCUGAAGGCUUGUAUCAGAAAGGUUGGUCAGCAGUAAGAGUGGGUGAUAAAAAAUCUUUAAAUUAAAUCCCAAUAUGUCAAAGGAACUUGUGAUACCCGAACAAAUGAUGAAAAUAUAUGUGAAACGAUGUACAGGAGUUUAUUCAGUGAUUGCAGCUUGAAAGCAGCAGCAUUUAUUUGUGCAAAAAAAAGAGUGAUUUUUCAUCCUUCAUUUCUAAUAAACUUGUCAGUGGUACCAUAUUA